AUGUCCUCACCAUCUCGAAGCUCCUUCUUCUCGAGAGUACGGUCAUCGUCGUCUUCCUUGUCACCAGCCACUUCCAAAUCAUCAUCAUCAUCAGGAUUGCAAGUCUAUUCGAAAAACAAUCCUCCAAAAUAUACACUCAAUGACCUUCCACCGGAUACAAUUUAUUUGAUAACUAGUUUUUUAAUUCCACGCAUUCCUCAACUCAACCCUGAAAAUGUUCAACACUAUAUAAAACAAAUGAUUGAAAUUUCGUCCAUUAGUCGGCAAUAUAGAGAAUGGUCUGAAUGUGAAACGGUUCAGAAUAAUUUCUGGAAAGAUUUUUUAUUUCAGCAAUUAGCGAGAUGGAAUGUGAGAUUGAGUUUAGUGCAAGUUUCUUCAAAGGAUACUUUGCAAUUUAGUUCGAAUCAAAAUUUGAUUGUUGGAAGUGGUGCUUCAACUAGCAAUUCGAGUUCUUCCAACAAUAAUAGUACUAUAGUUUCUAAUGGUAAAGAGGAUUGGAUGAAUGGAGCUUUUAUUGGAUCGAGUUUUUCAGAGGCUGGAUAUUGGGAUGAUGAGGAUGAUGAUUAUUUUGAAGAUGAUGUCAGAUAUCAAACCAAUGAUGUAAAUAGUUUAUUGAGAAGAGGUGAUUAUUUAUCUUAUACUAAUGGUGGACCUGCUGCAACUCAAAGAAUUUUACUGAAAAUUGCCAUGAAUCCUGACAAGAUCAAACACAUGUUAUUUAAUAUGUGGACCUAUUUCCAUUAUGAACUUAAUGCAAAGGCAAAGAAGGGAUUAGGUCGCAGAACUGAUCCAUUCGCUAGUAGAAGACAUGCAGGUCUAGAUUUAUUGUAA